CAUAGGAACAGGAAGUAAGAAAAGAGGAAAGAAUAUCCGAGAAGGGAAAAAUUUACAAUACAGUUUAUGAAACAUGAGCCGAAUUUAUGACAACACAUCUUUAAAGAACAAACCAGUCCACAAUGAGAAGUUUGACCGCGUAUGGUGUCCUUCUACGUACGAAAGUGGCCCAGGGGUUCUUUUGGAAGGAAAGCUGCUGGAUGUUUCCAGACAUGCGAUCAGUGAUGACAACAAUCAAAAGGUCCGUUUCUAUGUGCUGUACAUAAAACCCAGCCUCAUCCAUCAAAGGAAAUUUGAUGCCAGCGGGAAGGAGAUUGAGCCAAACUUCAGUGACACCAAAAAGAUCAACACUGGCUUCCUCUUGUCCUCCUACA